UUUACAAUUAUCUUAGGAAAAAAUAAAAAACAAAUUAAAAAGCAAAACAAUGGCAACAAAGUAUCAUACUCGUUCAAAUAGUUUUCCUUCUGAAUCUCAUCCAAACGCAACUAGAAUACAACAACAUCUCAACAAAAUCAAGACUUGGGAAGGCACAUCAACAUCUACAUCUGAUUCAAUCAUCACUUCCCUUUCAUUUCUUGAAGAUUUGUAUAUUUCAUUGGAAGAUCUUCUCAAUAUGUCAUCAACACAAAAGGCCAUUUCUAACCAUCAAGGUGAGAAAUUUGUGGAAGAGUUGUUGGAUGGUUCAGUUAAAAUUUUGGAUAUAUGUGGCAUCACAAGAGACACCAUGUUACAAAUUAAAGAAAAUGUUGAAGCACUUCACUCUUCUAUUAGAAGGAGAAAGGGAGAUUCAAGCAUUGAAACAAGUGUAUAUGAAUAUAACUUAUUCACCAAGAAAAUGAAAAAGAAUGUCACAAAGUUGAUAACAUCUUUGAAACAAAUGGAAAGUAAAUUUGGAACAUCACAAGUUUUGUAUGAAGAUAAAGAAUUUGUUGAUGUGAUAAGAGUUAUUAGAGAAGUCAUUGGAAUGAACAUGUCUAUCUUUCAAUCCCUUUUGACUUUUUUGAAUGCAUCAAAGUCAAAGUCAAACAAAUGGUUGAAAGUGGCAAAGUUGAUGAGUAAUAAGAAGGUAACAUCAGUAUCAUGCGAAGAGAAUUUGAAUGAAUUGAAGUGUGUCGAAGAAUCUUUGAAGACCCUUUUAAAGGAAGGUUCAAAUAAUAUUGAAAAGAUGAAAUAUGCAAAUGAAAAAUUGGAGAGUUUGGAGAAUGUAAUUGAAAUGAUAGAAAAUGGUUUGGAGAGUCUGUUUAGGCGUUUAGUUAAAACUAGAGUAUGUCUUUUGAAUAUCAUGACUCAAUAGUAUACUUAGUCUUAAUUUUAUCAUCAAAGCAUCCAAAUUUUAAGGAUCAUUUGAGGAUUGAAAAUUUUUGCCUCAUCAAUUUGUAUAUACACAUACAAUUCAAUAGACAUACAAUUUUGCCUUAUCAAUUUGUAAA